CAAGCGACAGAGGCCAGGUGUGGUGUGCAUUGGUGUGGUGUGCAUUGCAUGCAUAAAAGGUUGUUGGUACCCAGCAUUUUUGGAAUUUGCAAAAUACUUUUCGCCGCAUGUCAACUUCGCAUGGUCCACACGCACGCAUCACGCUGCCUUUCUUUGCAGAUCACGCAUCACGCUGCUGCCUUCUUUGCAGAUUACACGUUGAGACUAACCUCACGGGCCCCACUUCGCAGGCGUGCAGCGGGUAGAGAACGGGCAGCAGCGGCCAGAGCCGCGGCCAGAGAUGCCGAGAGGGCCAGGCGAGAGAGGGAGGCUAAUGUGAAGCGGAGAGAUCUUGCGGAGUUUCACGCUGCUAGGCCGCUGGAAAAGUUGGGUUGGGCCAGAUUAGAGAUGCAAACGAAUUUCCAGCAGCCCAUGACCGCCCGGAGGAUGCACGUGUGCACAGUGUGCUCUGAACGUUGGGACACCGCAGAGGACGGACCAGGGGACGGACCAGGGGACGGAGGUGCCGUCUACAGUUGUCCGCGGUGCAAGAAGGACAAGAAGAGUCCGAAGCUGUUCUCCGCCGACAACACCAUGGAUCCUGGGAGCGUACCCGUCGAGCUCCAGGGCCUGACCCAGACGGAGGAGAUGCUCAUCGCGCGGUGCUGUCCGAUCAUGCGCGUCCUCCACCUCAAGGGUGGGCAGCUAGGGUACGGUGGCCAUGUCGUCAACGUCGCUCAGGACAUCAGUACCUUAGCCGCUGCCCUCCCCAGGUUGGCCGCCGAUGUACCGAUCAUCAUCAUCCGGAGGGAGGGGCAGGAACCCGGCCAGCACAAGGACCUACACGUGCGGAGGGCUCGCGUGCAACGGGCUUUGCAAUGGCUCAUUGCCAACAACCCGUACUACCGCGACAUCGUCCUUGACAACACGGCCCUAUCCCAGCUCCCCGUCGACGGGCAACUACGUGGACUGCGAACCACCGUCAGCGGGGGAGACUCGGAGCGUGACCUUGGCCCUCGGGGGGAGGGGGGAGGGGAGGAGGACGGCGAUACCCCCGAGGACACGGAGUCCUUUAUGGCUCCGGCAGGCAAGAGCAUGCUCGAGGACCGCGCGAUUGAAGCAGCCCUGCGGAGGCAGGUGAGGGAGAGCGGGGCGGAUGUUCCGGUCAACGCCUGGCCUGGGAUGGAGGCGACCGCCCUGAACGAGUUCAAGACAACAGGCCUCGCGUCCAUGGCCUUCCCCGCCCUCUUCCCAUGGGGGAAGGGAGACCCCACCGACCCGGCACGGUCCAGGAGCGUCAAGCCCACCGACGGCAUGAGACACCUUCUCAAAUUCUUCCGGGACGGUCGCUACCGCUUUGCAUCUCACCCCCGUUUUCCUCACUGGUGCCAGAACAUGCUCGAACGCCACAGGAUGCUCAGCCAGGCGCAGGUCUACCUCAAGCAAAACCCAGGGGACGCCGCCAUGACGAUAGAGCACAUGAGGCAUCUGUUCCGGUCGGGUUCGCCGCUGGCGCAGCAGCUCACACAGCGCAUGUGCCGGUACGGCGCCAACAUCACCGGGUCUAGGCCGUACUGGUACGCCAAGCAGCAGGAGCUCCAGGCGAUUUUUGCCACCAAGGGCUGCGCUACUCUCUUCUUCACGCUCUCUGCCGCCGACACCCACUGGGACGGCCUCUUCGACCUGAUGCCACCAGGGUACCAGGACUCCCCAGCGGGCAAACGGAGGGCCCUCAUUGAAAACCCGCAUAUCGCCGACACCUACUUCGGCAACAGGGCGGACGCUUUCACCUCCGCCUUUUUCGGCGGUGUACUCCAAGCCCAGUCGCUGUGGUACAGGCUUGAGUACCAGGGGAGGGGUAGCACGCACGCGCACGGAUGUGCCUGGCUCCAAGACGAUCCCGGUAUCGUCAACCUCGUCUGCAAAGCGUACGCUGGGAGGAAGGCGGCCGAACGGAUGGAGGCGGCCGAGGGCCUGGCCGCCGGACAGGGGGGGAUCGGCGACGAGGAAGAACGCCAGGCUCUGGAGCGAGCCGUCGCCGACGGCAAAACAGCGGACGACAAGGUUUGCAGAUACGCCGAUUGGCUCAUCUGCACCGUCAACACUCGGUCUACGGAGGAGCGCGCCGCCCAUCCGGGGGGAGUGCCAGACCCUCACCCAUGCUCCGUCAACCCCUUCAAGCACGGGCCUGUCAGCGACGAGGCCACAGGCCGUGCCGACAUCGACGGACUCAUCAACUGCUGCCAGCGCCACGUUUGCCGUCCUGAAGGGUACUGCAAGCGCGCUGGGCGGCAGGGGUGUCGCUUCGGCUUCCCGCACGAGUGUCAACCCGAGACCUCCUUGCAGUUCGAGGAGAUGGACAACGGCUCCGUGAGAGCCACCAUCAAAACCAAGCGCAACGACGGCAAUCUCAACAGCUACUGCCGCCUUGCUCUCUCUCAUUGGCGGGCGAACAUCGACUUCCAACUCAUCUUGGACUGGGACCAGGCGGUGCGGUACAUGGUGAAGUAUGUGAGCAAAGGAGAGAAGCGGUCGCCCGCCGCCGCCGACGUCUUCGCCCGGGCCAUCGGUCGCGCGGACGAUGACGCUGACGAGGCGCAAACAGUCCUGCGAAGCGUGUUCCUCAAGUGUACGGGCGAGCGCGACAUUUCCGCCCAGGAGACGGCACGGCUGCUCCUCGGGAACAAGCUGUGCUCUUCUUCUUUCAGCUUCGUACGCCUCGUCGUCGACCCUUCCACCAGCACACGCCAGGUUAACCUCGACGGUGCGGCGGGGGAGGGCGCCCUCAAGAAAUCCAUGCGGGACCUCUACGCCGGCCGGCGCAGCGUCAUCGACAAGUACCCAUCCAUCAUGGAUGUUAGCUACUUCCAGUUCCACCAGCUGUACACUCGAGACCGGGGGGGGGGGGUCACGGCGAGAGACGGCGCGGGCAGCCUCGUCGUCAUCAAGCUGCCUGCCCUGCCGUGCUCUCCGGGGAGCGCGCGGCAUCUUGAGGCCUGCCGCAACAACCUCUUCGCCCACAGGCCAUGGGAGGAUGAGCCGACAACAGCCUGCCGCGACAUGGGGGCAGUCACGGACCUGGAUGCCUCAGCCUCCAUCUCCGGAGAGGAACCCAAGCUCGCCCUGCUGUGGGACGCCUUCGUCCAAGCCAACCAAGACCUGCCCGAGCUGCGCUUCGGCGACAUGCUGGCAGGGCGGCUGUCUCUUGCCCGCCGAGAGGCCGCGUCCACGGCCGAAGACGACGACGACGACGGCUUGCUCUUAGACCAGCCCGACGAUUGGAUGGAUGGGGCCAACAUGCGGCGAAGAGGCGCCGCCAGGGAAGAACAGGAGGUUGACACAAGGUGGGACGCUGAAUACAACUGGGCCGGCGCCCGAGCGACUGAGGUCCAACAUGAGCUGGAGAGAGGGCCAACGUGGAUUGCGAACGCCAAGAAAGCUGCAGCCGGCACUGGCCCCGCCACCGAGAUUCCUCAUGUGGCUCCGGACUCUCUCAAUGAGCGGCAACGCAAUUGCUACGACGUCGUCAGGGACCACUUCGAGAACGAGCGCGAGGAGCCACUGCGCAUGAUGGUUCUCGGGACGGCAGGCACGGGGAAAUCAUACCUCGUGUAUGCCCUCUCCAGGCUGCUCGGCGGCUUCCUUCGACGGGCAGCUCCAACCGGUAUGGCGGCCUUCCUCAUCGCCGGCAGCACGCUGCACAGCCUCCUCCGACUGCCGGUGAGGCAAGGAAGGAAUCUCCAGGGUCAAAGCCUCAAAGCCCUGCAGAAUUCCCUUACUGGCGUCAAGUACAUCAUCAUCGACGAGCUAUCGAUGGUCAGCCAGUCCCAGAUGGCGUGGGUCGAUCGACGUCUGCGACAAGGGACAGCUGUAGACAAACCCUUCGGCGGAAUCUCCCUGAUCAUGACCGGCGAUCUGGGCCAGCUGCAACCGGUGGGAGGAACUCCGCUGUACAAGCAAAACCCAGCUGCCGCGCUCAACGUUGAAGGCUAUGCCGCCUACAGCCUCUUCCAGGACGUCUUCAUCCUUGACAGAGUUCAGCGGCAGACGGCAGCCGCCGCCAACGACGACGACCAGAGAGGCUUCAUCGAACUGCUGCCGCGUGCGCGUGAUGGACAGCUUUGCGACGAGGACUGGGACCUCCUCCUGAAGAGACAGCCCAACCGCCUGACCGCCGCUGAGAAAGCGGCUUUCGAGGACGCAACGAGGCUCUUCUACUCCAAGAAAGAGGUCAACAAGUACAACGGCAAGAAACUCCGGGAGCUGGACAACCCCGUCGCUCGUGUUAGCGCCGUCCACACGGGCGCGAACGCCAGGAGGGCGACAGCAGACACCGCGGAGGGGCUCGAGAGGAACCUCUACUUAACCAAGGGAGCGAAGGUUAUGCUCUCGAAGAACCUGUACCAACAAGUUGGGCUGGUGAACGGCAUUAGAGGCGAAGUCGUCGAGUUGGUGUGCGCAGAUGAUGCGCCCCCGCCGAAGCUCCCCCUUUACGUUGUCGUCAAGUUUGAAGGGUACUCGGGGGGGGAAUGGUCGUCUCAGGAGAGGUAUAGACGUUGUGUCCCUAUUUCUCCCGUCGACACCACCUGGCAGGACGGGGGGACGCAGGUCAGGACGCAGCUGCCCCUUAGGCUCUGCUGGGCAAUUACGAUGCACAAGUCCCAGGGGCAGACUUUAGCCAAGGCCGUCAUUGACUUGGGGCCCAAGGAGGCCUGCACGGGGCUUACUUUCGUCUGUCUCAGUAGGGCGAAGAGACUUGUGGACCUCAUGGUAGAGCCCAUGAGUUUCGACAGGAUUGGUAACCUUGGAAAUUCGCCGACGAUGAAGGCUAGGCUGCAGGAAGAGGUUAGACUUGGGGAGUUAGCACAGAGUACGAGGGUCAAGUACACGGACAUGGGCGUCUUCAGCGCCGUCGCGGGUAACCAAUGACGUGAAUUGCAAAGAGAAAAAGAAGAAGAAAGGGUCUCUUCCACCUCCCGCGGACGCACACGUCUGACGACAGUUACAUCUAUCAGCUGUCGCUCGUUUUAGCGACAGCUACUAUAUCUUCAUGAUAUCAUGGACAUGGAAUUGUAGAUGACAUUGUUGACGUUGAUUGUGAUCCUCCAUGGCGCUAGCGCUUCACCAGCUAAAAAAGGCUACCGAAAAAUCGGGCUGCGGGGCGGGGGUGACUUUGUCUGGAUGCCUUUUUCGUGAAUUGAUUCACCCUUUUGGGGGGGCAGAAGCUAGACUAGAGAUAGUUAGUUGUGGCUUUCAUGUUACCGCUUAUGCAUCUCGUCUCCGUUCCGUUGGCUGUGGGUACGAAAUCUUUCGGUCACUCGCGGCACUUGAGCAUGUUUGAGUUAGGAUCGACCCCGGAUCGAAGCUCGCCGUUUCAAUUGGAGUUGAUAUUGUUGUUGUUUUUCUUCACAUUAGACUCGUGUCAGUUGCUAAUCCCAAAAUCUAGCAAAGACUGGGUCCGUGGUAAAAAAAAUGCUAGAGCAAUCAGAAGCUCUGAAGAACACACACACUAUUAGCAAGAAAAGGGUACGCAAGCCCGAGGAGGCACACCUGCAAUCCCUGCAGCACGUUUGUAUGCUCACAACUGAACUACACGCCCACACACUACAAAUCGACUACAGCAGCAGCAUCACCCCCCUUGUCCCGCAUUUCACCAGAAUGAAUGUUUGUCGACUACAGCGUACUGCUGUCUGAAGUGCUGUCUGUGCAAUAAUAACAUCAUGGUGCAUGGUACACAAACUCGGGGCAUGCAGCUGCUGUCUGGAGUGCUGUCAGAAUGAGUCCGUGGACAUGCAAUGAAGAAGUACGCCCAACCAACCAAAGCCAUCAUUGCAAUAGACAAUCACCCGAAUCUAUCCAGAUCAUCUGUGUUAGGCCCAGCAGUGUGAACUUCGACACUGACUAGUAAUCGUUCCACAUUGAAGGGGUCUUCCACGAUGCAGGUACACAAUUAAGGCACCCGGGUUAUCCGCGCCAUCUCUGCCGCGUCUCUCUACAAAACCAGUGACUGACGUCAUCACACACACCCAACACCAGGUACCUGUAAUCAAGAAAAAAACGGAGAAGUAAUUGACAACACAAGAGAUGUUUGUCCGUGCGCCACGGUUCGAUGCCGUCCGCCUGCUCUGUUCUCGCUGCUCCGGUGCCGCUGCUCCGGUGCCGCUGCUCCGGUGCCACUGUGGCCAGUCCUAGCACGACCAAACUCGACCCGCUCCGCUUCGUGCACGCUCUCGUUGCUGUCCAUUCCAGUCGGUUCCUCGCUUUCUCUCUCAUUGCACUUGGGGUUCUUGGUCUGAAAUUCUCGCGCCGAAGGGUCAACCAGCCCAGUCAGCUCGUCACCACCUGUCCCCUCAUCCUUUGAUGGCAAAACCAGGUUGAUGAGACAGUACAGCUCCCUCUAGCACACCUAGGGCCGUAUACAUAGUGCCCGUCCACCUUUCUGAUGACGUCUGCCUCCGCGCACAAGGAUGAGAUGGGCAUUGCUGCCUACACCG